UCGAUGCCGUCAGCCUUGGCCAUCUUCACUUGCCGCCCGAACUCGCACCCGUUUCAGGAGCGUCAUGUCUACCUGGACGAGCCCAUCAAGAUUGGCCGCUCGGUGGCACGCUGUCGACCAGCGCAAAAUAACGCCACCUUUGAUUGCAAAGUGCUGUCCAGGAACCAUGCUCUCGUCUGGUUUGAUCACAAGACGAGCAAGUUUUAUCUUCAAGACACUAAGAGUAGUAAUGGUACUUUUAUAAAUAGCCAGAGAUUGAGUCGAGGCUCGGAGGAAAGUCCACCAUGUGAAAUUCUUUCUGGUGACAUUAUCCAGUUUGGGGUAGAUGUGACAGAGAAUACCCGCAAAGUUACCCAUGGGUGUAUUGUUUCCACAAUAAAACUUUUUCUACCAGAUGGUAUGGAAGCCCGGCUCCGCUCAGAUGUCAUCCAUGCUCCAUUACCAAGUCCUGUUGACAAAGUUGCUGCUAACACCCCAAGUAUGUACUCUCAGGAACUAUUCCAACUUUCUCAGUACCUACAGGAGGCCUUACAUCGGGAACAAAUGUUGGAACAGAAGUUAGCCACACUUCAGCGGCUAUUAGCCAUCACUCAAGAAGCUUCAGAUACCAGUUGGCAGGCUUUAAUAGAUGAAGAUAGACUCUUAUCACGGUUAGAAGUUAUGGGAAACCAAUUGCAGGCAUGCUCCAAAAAUCAAACCGAAGAUAGUUUACGGAAGGAACUCAUAGCACUGCAGGAGGAUAAACACAACUAUGAGACAACAGCCAAAGAGUCCCUGAGGCGGGUUCUUCAGGAGAAAAUCGAAGUGGUCAGAAAACUUUCAGAAGUUGAGAGAAGUCUGAGUAAUACUGAAGAUGAAUGUACCCACUUAAAAGAAAUGAAUGAACGGACUCAGGAAGAAUUAAGAGAGUUAGCCAAUAAAUAUAAUGGAGCGGUUAAUGAAAUUAAAGAUUUAUCUGAUAAAGUAAAGGUAGCAGAGGGAAAGCAGGAGGAAAUCCAACAGAAGGGACAAGCUGAGAAGAAAGAAUUACAGAAUAAAAUAGAUGAAAUGGAAGAAAAAGAACAGGAGCUCCAGGCAAAAAUAGAAGCUUUGCAAGCUGAUAAUGAUUUCACCAAUGAAAGGCUAACAGCUUUACAAGUACGGUUAGAACAUCUGCAGGAGAAAACUCUUAAAGAAUGCAGCAGCUUAGGGAUACAAGUUGAUGACUUCUUACCUAAAAUAAAUGGGAGCACAGAAAAAGAACACUUGCUUUCAGAGAGUGGCGGGGACUGCACUCUUAUUCACCAGUUCCUAGAGUGCCAGAAGAAGCUGAUUGUCCAGGGGCAUCUAACCAAAGUGGCAGAAGAAUCAAAGCUUUCAAAAGAAAACCAGACAAGAGCCAAGGAAUCUGAUUUAUCGGACACUCUGAGUCCAAGCAAGGAAAAAAGCAGUGACGACACUACAGACGCCCAGAUGGAUGAGCAAGACCUAAAUGAACCCCUUGCUAAAGUGUCUCUUUUAAAAGAUGACUUGCACGGUGCACAGUCAGAAACUGAGGCCAAACAGGAAAUUCAGCAUCUUCGAAAAGAAUUGCUCGAAGCCCAGGAGCUAGCUAGAGCAAGUAAACAAAAAUGCUUUGAACUUCAAGCUCUUUUGGAAGAAGAACGUAAAGCUUAUCGAAAUCAAGUUGAGGAAUCUGCUAAACAAAUACAGGUUCUCCAAGUCCAGCUACAGAGGUUGCAUGUGGAUAUGGAGAAUCUCCAAGAGGAAAAGGACACUGAAAUCUCCUGCACGAGAGAUAAAUUGCUUAAUGCCCAAGAUGAGAUUUUGCUCCUUCAUCAGGCAGCAGCAAAGGCUGCUUCUGAGCGGGACACUGACUUUGCUUCCUUACAAGAAGAGCUUAAGAAGGUGAGAGUGGAACUUGAGAGCUGGAGGAAAACAGCGUCAGAAUAUGAGCUAGAAAUCACCAGUUUACAGAACAGUUUCCAGCUUAGAUGUCAGCAGUGUGAAGACCAGCAGAGAGAGGAGGCAACAAGGUUGCAAGGUGAGCUAGAGAAGUUGAAAAAGGAAUGGAAUGUCCUGGAAACUGAAUGCCAUUCUCUAAAAAAGGAAAAUGUUUUGUUGUCAUCAGAACUGCAGCGGCAAGAAAAAGAAUUGCACAAUUCUCAGAAGCAGAGUCUGGAGCUCACGAGUGACCUCAGCAUCCUGCAGAUGACCAGGAAAGAGCUCGAGAACCAAGUGGGAUCCUUGAAAGAGCAACAUCUUCGUGACUCAGCUGACUUAAAAACUCUUCUCAGUAAGGCUGAAAACCAAGCAAAGGAUGUUCAGAAAGAGUAUGAAAAGACACAGACUGUCCUCUCAGAACUGAAGCUGAAGUUCGAAAUGACUGAGCAGGAAAAGCAAUCGAUCACAGAUGAACUCAAACAGUGUAAAGACAACCUGAAGCUGCUGCGAGAGAAAGGAAAUAAUCCCUCCAUAUUACAACCUGUCCCAGCCGUAUUCAUCGGCCUAUUCCUGGCUUUCCUGUUUUGGUGUUUCGGUCCGUUGUGGUAGAGAAAGAAACCCUGGCCCUGGAUGCCCAUGUUGGCGGCCCUGGUUGCGGUGACAGCCAUCGUGCUGUAUGUGCCAGGUCUGGCCAGAGCUUCUCCGUGACAGUGUCGAGCCUGUACAUCCUCCUCCUUCUAGAAGCUGGCAUCACACUCAUGCUGGGGACAAGCAGAACCAUUUUCUUCCUUUUUACCUCUUAAAACAGCAAAGUGCAAGAAUACAGCUAUCGGGUCAUUGCUUUAACUUAUAUGAAAAUAUAUCUGUCUAUAGAGAGGAUAUAAAGUUGUGAAUUUAUUCGGUUUUUCAUGUAAUUUUUAAAUUAGUAUGUUGAGAGUCUGAAUAUUAUGGUGGCCUAAAGUAGGUUUCUUAGUUCACCAAAUUAUUUAUACCAUAAAUUUAUAAAUAUUUUACUCUGAAUUCUGAUGGCCACAUAAUUCAUUUUUCUGAUUCAAUAACUACUCAAACCGAACAACCAAUACAUACAUGGGAAGAGAGGCCCUGUGUGCUCAGUGCCUAUCAGUUUGAAUAUAUAUACACACUCACAUAUAUAUAUAUUUUUUUUACAUAUGUACGCCAUUUUUACUUGUUAUAAAACCACUGAGCUAUUGGGAACAAGACUUAGACAAUUAUUUGUGUGGAUUUUUUUUUAAGGAAAAACACAUUGGGAAAAUACUCUGUUCUAAUGAUAACUUGAGGAAUACAUACAUGUUUGUUCAGCCUUAAUGUGACUUGAAGAUGUGAAGGACAUCAGCUUUGAAAACUUUCCAUGAGAGUUUGUAUUUUCUUGAGCAAACUGAAAUAUUUCUGGGAGCAAAAACACAAUUGCAUAAUUUCAGUGCAAUCAACCAAACUGUUGAGUAAAUUGGAGUGUAACUUACUAAACCUCAUGUAUUUAAGAAAUGUUUUCUUUAAACGCCAAGUUACCUUCUCAUAAACAGCAGUUUAGAAAGCAUGAUUUUUUUUCUGUCAUCUGUUCCUCCAUGCAUGUUUAAUUGAAGGAAGAAUUGUAUCUGUUUAGAUAAGCUUUUGUUGAUUUAAUUUGGUUAUGAUGUGGCGCUAAUUCACAUUCAAGGUGAACUGAUGUUACCUACCAAGAUUUUUUGCUUGGAUAUACAAAUGGUUAUUUCUUCUUAUUGUUAAUAGGGACAGCCUGUUAAUUAGUAGCACUAUUCCCAAGAUUGGUAGUGUUUCUUGCACAGUGACACACCUAAGCACUGCUUGACAUUAUACAUUUAAAACACAGAGGUUAAAGUUCAGCUAUGGUUUUGUGCAGCACCAUAGUGAUGUCAGUGUCCUAAAGCAUCACAUAGUUCAGUUUUCUUCAGUCAGACUGGGAGGGAAGGUUGGUGAAUUGGCUGGAAUGUUCUGUGAGAAUACCCAGAUCUAGCCAGAUACUGAGAUAUCUGGCUAGGAUAUAAUUUGCCUCAUGAUGUUUGGCGGUCGUUGUUUUUACUUUCAAAGUUGUAUUUAAAGCUCUUUGGGGUCAUUGCUGGGAGAAUCACUAGAUUUAUGGAGGAAUUAGCCACAAAUGACUUGUAGAAAAUACUGUCGUAUAGUUCAUGUUACCAUUCUCUGUUGCAGGAAGCCACUCCACCACAGAAUGCUCAUACGCCAGUGGUACCCAGUACCUCUUGUAUAUAGUUAUUGCAAAUACUGUUCUGAAAUGCAUAACUUCAAAAUUACCUUUUUUAAAGUAAAUAAUUGUUUGAAAUCUAUUUUGUAAAGAUAAAACGUACAAUAGAAUUUCUGGAGUACAGAUUAAACUAUUUGCACUAACACACGUGAUGUGCAUGAUUUAAUAAAAUAACUUUCAUCUCCCUA